ACUUCGUCACCCUCUUCGCAGCCAAUUUCUCAGGUUUCUUCUCCGCCAUGUCCUUUAAUGGUUGACAUUUCUUUCCACGUUGGGAACAGCCGCCUUGAUUUAUCUAUUCCCAUCAUCCAUGCGCAGUCGCUUCAACCCCAAAAAGCAGCGUUUAUAUCAUCCUUGCCAUCAAGUUCAAACAGGGGGGCAAUUCAGUCCCCUCCUGCUCUGUGCUUAGCGUUCAUUGAGUUCCUUGUCAAUCAAGAAUGUGUCUCCAAACCUGCACUGGCGGCUGUUUUACGGGCGUUCGAUGUUGGAUUCCUGCAUCGAGAUAAGGAAAUACAUUGCCUCGUUGCUCAAUUGACGACUGUCCCCAGCGAACAACAACAGUGGCUGGAGAUAUACUAUCGUGCCGUUGAAGCCAGCGGGGAUGUAAUUCCUGGAAGCUCAAUCGGGUAUCCGUGCAGCCGGACGAGUGCUCUAUUCGACCACGUGCAGACUAGCGGGUUUCACUUGAUGGCUGUCUUUGGCGGCCAGGGAGAAGCAAGUCGGACGUGUGUUCAAGAGCUGGCAGAUCUGUACACCACUUACAGGCCGAUGUUUCGGCUCUUCCUUGGGCAAGCAGCGGAACUUCUCUGUCGACUUUCCAAAAUGCCAAACUCCUGGUUCCACAAUCGUGGGCGCUCGUUAGACUUGAUGACAUGGAUCAGCGACAAAUCAACUAUGCCGGACUGCAAAGACAUAGCCCAGUCUCCGAUUAGUGUCCCAGUCAUCGGGGUGCUGAGCUUGGCUCGAUAUCUGAUUACCUGUCGUAUCUUGGAUAUAAAUCCAGGCGAGCUGCGCGCGCUGCUCUCUUCUACGACCGGACACUCACAGGGUCUGAUGGUGUCCACUGUCAUAGCAAUGUCCGACUCGUGGGACUCUUUCUAUGCCAACUCUUAUCUGGCCAUCGAGGCACUGUUUUGGUUGGGGUGGGAAUGCCAUCGAAGUGCUCCUGGGAGCUCUUCACUAGUUAGCAGCGCUUCUGACUGCGGCGGGCUCCAUGCCGAGCCGGCUUAUAUGCUCACUGUACGGGGAGUGACAAGAGAGCAGCUAGAUUCUAUUCUGGCUCGCCUGAACGGAACUUUAUCGGCAGAUGAGCAAGUUCAGAUGGCCUUGGUCAAUUCUCGGGACCAGUUCGUGGUGGCCGGCCCAGUGACCUCUUUGGUACAUAUGCACAGCUAUCUGUCAACCAUUACGACCCCAGAUACAGACCAUAGUCGGAUUCCUUUCAGCAAUCGACAGCCAGUCAUCCACUACGGCUUCCUCCCAAUCAGUACACCGUUUCAUACUCGAUAUCUUGAAGAGGCUGUCGGUAUACUCAAGAGGCGUUUUUCUGACCGACAGAUCGUGGCAGAGCAGCUCAGAAUCCCCGUGUACCACACACUCACCGGACAGGACCUUCGGCAGGUCGGUGGGAACAUAUUGCAUGCAGUGCUUGACGCCAUUGCCCGAGAAAUAUGUGACUGGCCUGCAGCACUAUCCGGCCAGCAUCCUCACGAUACCUCCAAGUCCCUAUCUCAUAUCAUUGUUUUCGAUCGUGGUGGGCUCGGGCCAAUGGUGAAAAAGAUCCAGGAAGGUAAAGGGAUCCGGAUUAUUCAGGGCAGCGAUCUCAACUCACGCGAUCCCGAGAUGGGUACCAUGCAAGACCUGUUUUCUCCGCGUCUUCUAGAUUCAUCGACAAGGCUUCAGAGCUGGGCCCAGCAGUUCCAACCUCGUUUGACAACCGGUCCGGCGGGCCUGGAGACGCGGAUUACUAGUUUAUUAGGCACCCCUCCGGUAAUGGUGGCCGGAAUGACACCGACUACCGUUCAUUGGGAUUUUGUCUCCGCCAUAAUGAAUGCUGGGUACCACGCAGAACUGGCGGGUGGCGGCUAUCGCAACAGCUCUGAUAUGGCGAUGGCUAUCGAUAGUCUUGUCGCGAAUAUUGCCCGGGGUCGAGGCAUCACUUGCAACCUCAUCUAUGCCAACCCCCGGGCUAUGUGCUGGCAAAUUGCGCUCUUACGUCGCCUAUCGCAUAGCCGAGUUCCCAUCGACGGACUGACGAUCGGGGCCGGGGUUCCUUCUUUGGAGAUAGCAUCUGAGUAUAUCCGAACGCUCGGAUUGCGUCAUAUUAGCUUCAAGCCAGGCUCGGUGGCGACCAUACGACAGGUGAUCGACAUUGCUAAAGCACACCCCGACUUUCCGAUCAUUUUACAAUGGACGGGUGGACGUGGAGGUGGCCAUCACUCUUUUGAGGACUUCUACGCACCCAUGCUCAGCACCUACGGGCUCAUCCGACAACAGCCUAACAUAUAUCUAGUAGUUGGAAGUGGGUUUGGGAACAGCGAUAGCAUUUAUCCUUAUAUAACCGGACAAUGGUCACUCUCAUUAGGGUAUCCGUGUAUGCCUUUUGAUGGAGUGCUACUAGGAAGCCGCCUGAUGGUCGCCCAAGAAGCUCAUACCUCAUCAGCCGUCAAAGAUAUCAUUGCCAAUACUCCUGGUGUUCCGGACGCUGAGUGGGAGAAGACAUACAAUGGACCUGCUGGCGGGGUGAUUACGGUUCAAUCUGAAAUGGGUGAGCCGAUUCACAAAAUCGCUACCAGGGGCGUCAGGCUAUGGGCCGACAUGGACCGGACUGUAUUCAGUCUGCCCCGGAAGGAUCGCAUUGCAUACUUGGCAAAACAUCACCAUUCAAUUAUACACCGUCUGAACUCGGACUUUGCAAAGCCGUGGUUUGGCCGCAAUGAUCUGGGUGACGUGGUCGGCUUGGAGGAGAUGACUUACACCGAGGUGUUGGCUCGUCUAGUUGACUUGAUGUAUGUUCAGCACCAGAAAAGAUGGAUCGACCCAACGUAUGUUGACUUUACAAUGGCCGUUGCUUCUCGUGCAUUGGAGCGCCUACCUCGUGCUGCUGCCGGUCAGGAAGCAAAUAUUUCACGAUCAGUCCUCUCCGAAGCCCCAGCGUUAUUCCUGAGUGCAUUUGCUGUCGCGUGUCCUACUGCUGCCGACGAAAUUCUGAACCCGGAAGAUGUCUCCUAUUUCCUGACAAGAAGCCAAAUGCCAGGUCAGAAGCCCGUCAACUUCAUACCUGUUUUGAACGAGGACUUCGAAUUUUAUUUCAAAAAAGACUCGCUAUGGCAAGCCGAGGAUACCGAUGCUGUUGUGGACCAAGAUGCAGAUCGAGUAUGCAUUCUCCACGGUCCAGUGGCAGCUCAGUAUUCGCUUGGGUGUGACCAGUCGGCAAGGGAGAUCUUAGAUACGAUCACCCAUGGCCUCGCUGAACGUAUGCAGCAGGAUGUUCGCUCGGAAGACUCAACCCCUGGUUCGGGCAGCGGACUAAUAACUCCGGACUCCUGGUCCUCGGUGUCAGGUGUCAAAGAGAUCGCCAUCGAGGAUUUCUCCCUUGCAUCCACGACCGUCUCGGAAUCCACCGAUGAUCGCACAGUGUCGGUGACUGCCGCCGUUCUCGGCACAAGUCCAAGCUGGCCAGCGUGGGUGCGCGCCGUCUUUGGGGAUAAGAUGAUCUUUCGGGGCCGAUCCCGCGAAAAGAACCCCUUCCAGCAGUUUGUCACAUUGUAUCCCGACACGAUCAUGCGAUAUGAUUUCGACCGGUCGGAGGUCUGUGUCACCGUCCAAGAUCCAUGUAAAGCGACCUCACUUAUGAAGAUAUCAUGCCUGGAUGGCGUUGAUAUUCGGGUGGACCUCUAUCCUCCUCAGGUCUCCGACCCACUGCAAUUGGUGUACCGAUUCGAUUCCAGCAGUGGUCCGUUUGGCUUGAGUGAGCUUACCAAAAAGCGUAAUGCACGCGUCAGGUCCUUCUACAAUAAAAUCUGGCUCCAGGAGAACACUGGCCCUUGUUCUAGUAUUCAAGACACUUUCUAUGGUCGCAAAAUGAAACUCACCCGCGAACUGCUGGAUGAUCUGGCUGCAGCCGUGGGCCCAGCCUUCCCGGAUGCCCGACUGGUACUACCGAUCUCAGAUGUGCUGCCAGUCAGCACAGGGAUAAUAGUUGCGUGGGACGUCAUCACCAGGCCUCUGGUGGCCGGGGACCUUGAUGGUGACCUGCUGCGUCUGGUCCACCGUUCUAAUGCUUUCGAGUACUCUCUCGGUGCAAGUGCGUUGCGCGUGGGAGAUAGUGUGCGGUGUCAAUCCCAAGUCCAGGCUGUAUAUGUGGAGGAUGCAGGCAAGGUGAUUGUCGUCGAAGCUCAGAUCAUCCGCUCCGGAAAAGCAGUCAUGUCAGUCACCUCCAGCUUUUUGUAUCGCGGUGUGUUCAAGGGAGGGUCCACGUUUAGACGGACCAAAUCGGAAUGGACUCUCAGUCUGGAGUCCGACUUGGACGAAACUGUCCUUCGACACCGCAGCUGGUUUCACAUCCACGAUAAUGCCAUCUCCCUUGUAGGCAAAUGUCUUGUCUUCUGUGUGGAGACCUAUGCAGAGGACAAAGAACUAGGCUUUAAGAGUCUUCGUGUUACUGGCACCGUAUGCUUCCAAGAUCGGGGUUGUCGUGGGCGGGAAGUCGGAACUGUCAACUUCGAAUGUGAAUGGUGUGCUGGCAAUCCGGUAUUGCAAUUUCUCGAGCGCAAAGCAAGCCCUCUGCGCAACCAAACCAGCCUACGGAAUCCCGGGUGGCCUGGUCCCUCGUCUAUCGAAGUCCAGAUGCCAGUCAGCAAUCAGCCGUACGCCGAAAUAUCGACCGACUACAACCCGAUUCACGUGUCAACCAUUUUUGCCUCUUUGGCUGAUCUUCCUGGGACAGUGUGUCAUGGCAUGUGUACUUCAGCCAUUGCCGUGGCGGCGUUGGAGUACUUGGCUCUUAAGGGCGAUCGCUCGCGUCUCCGAUAUUUCACAGCCAAUUUCACUGGUAUGGUCAUGCCGCUGGAAAAGCUGGUCGUGCUGAUGAAGCACAUUGGGAUGGUUGAUGGGCGCAUGCGGUUUACCGUUGAUGUUGUCCGGAAAGAAGACCACGAAAAGGUGCUGGUAGCGGAAGCGAUUGUUGACCAGCCUGCAACCGCCUAUCUCUUCACGGGUCAAGGCAGCCAAAGCAGGGGAAUGGGAAUGGACUUGUACAGGUCAAGCCCGGUUGCUAAAUCCAUGUGGGAUGGAAUCGAUGAGCAGCUGUAUGCGUCGUAUGGCUGGUCUGUCCUUGAUAUUGUCAGAAAUAACCCCAAGUCAGUUACGGUGCAUUUUGGGGGCAAACGAGGCCGCCAAAUUAGGGAGAAUUAUCUUGCUAUCACCACAGAGACGGUGCUGUCUGAUGGUGUACGUGUGCAGGUGCCUGUUCUCUCGGGGCUCACUCCGCGCUCGACGUCGUACACAUUCACAGAUUCACGGGGCCUGCUAUAUUCUACCCAAUUCGCCCAGCCCGCUAUUCUGCUGUUCGAGGCGGCGGCAGUAGCCGACCUGCGCGACAAAGGGUAUGUUCCACCGGAUGCGAUGUAUGCCGGCCAUUCGCUAGGAGAGUUUGGGGCUCUGUCGGCACUGUCCAGCUCGAUUCCGAUGGGUGCACUGGCGGAGCUGGCAUUUUACCGGGGGCUAAUGAUGCAGGCCUCUGUGUCGCGAAGCGAUCAGGGGGUCGCUUAUGGGAUGGUGGCGGUUAAUCCCAAGCGCGUGGGCCGAUCCCUUGACGAAACGCGUCUGGGCGGCUUUGUUCGCGCAAUUUCCCUGGCCAGCCAAGAGCUGCUGGAGGUUGUCAACUACAACGUGGAGGGGGAGCAAUACGUGUGUUCAGGAACGAUAACGAAUCUCUGGGUGCUUGGGCGACUGAUGGACCAGCUUGCGCAAUUGGAUCGAAGGGAGGUAUGCAAAGCAACGGCACCACAAGAUGAAGUCAUCAUCCAACUCCUUUCCGAGGCGAAAAAUCUCCCUCAACCUAUCCAGCUCCGGCGAGGGCAGGCCACCAUUCCCUUGGAAGGUAUCGACGUUCCUUUUCACUCGAGCCACCUGCGGUCGACCGUGGCCCGGUUCCGUCAAUGCCUGCUGAGGCCGGGGUUUCUGGAGGGAAAUGUGGACUUGGAAGCACUGAGGCGGUAUAUUCCGAAUGUGAUGGCGAGGCCCUUCUCGGUGGAUGAGGCGUAUAUCCAGGAAGCAUACGAGCGGACGCAGAGUCCUAUACUAGGAGAGAUACUGGGAGUGCAUGAGGUGUAAAUAUCGGCAUAUAAACUAGUAGAG